GGUUAGUUUAGGUUUUCUUUGCAACAUAAAUACAAUAUCUUUCUGGUUUGUCCAAAUUCAGUAGUUACAAUUUCUAGCUUCUAAUUGCCCUUUAUGUCAAUAUAUGUAUGAUGGUCCUCAUCGUUACUAUAAGUACUACGUAAACAGGAGAGUGGGCUGCAUUCAUACUCCCUAACACAGUUGCGUACAGUCAAUUUCCCCUCCUGCCUCUAGCAUUCUUGAUAGCAUUAAAUAUUUUCCUUGUAAGAAAUCUCUCUAUUCUACACGUAAAUGAAAUGUUCAAGUUUGGUAAUACUGUACAACAUUGCACAAAUUUUUCAACAGGCAUGUGAAUUUUGUAAUAUAUAUAUAUAUGUACAGUUUCUUUUUCUUUUUAUAUUCGUAAUGUAAAAUUAUUGCAUUCGAAGAAUACUAUAAAUGACUAGCAUAUUAAUAAAUACAUUAUUAAUAAUCACCUAAAAUUUACAAGUUUUGUGAGUUUCUGUAUACUGUAUAUGCUUCAGUAAAAUUAAUUGUUCCUCUUGUACAUCAAUAGCUGGUACUGGUGAACUGGUGGAAGUGAAUUCCAGGAAGAAUUUACAACAUUUUGUCAUGUUUCAAUAUUUUGCCAUGUCAACUUAAAAUACUGUAUACAAAUUCCAUUAUGGUUUAGUUCGUAAAUGUGUAAAGAUGUUUUGGCCAAAAUACAGCCCGAAUCGAUUCAAAAUCAAGGUUGGAAACUGCUGUCAUUACAUGUAAAAUUAUAGAAACUGGCUUGUUACAUUAAAUUACAGGGGGUCUUAAGCAUUCUGGUAAAUCAAGUUCCAUUCAUGUUGUAAUCCACUACCAGAGCCUCUCUUUCAUUACAAAUGUUCUUUGUCUAAUAGUUUUUAACACAAAGUUGAAAGUAUCUUUCAGAAUAAUAUUAUACAUCAACUAAAUUAUGAACCACCUGCAUAGCAUGUGUGGGGACUUGGGAGAUCUCCGGUACCAGACAUAAAAUUUUCUGGUAUGGCUUUCUCGAAAAAAAUACGUGACAUCAUCAGAGUUGGCAUCGGUGGGGCGCUUACCUUUGGCGGCAUCAGUAUGUACUUUCAAAAUGAGAAGUUCUAUGACUCAUGGGUCAUUCCUCUUCUACACAAGCUAGACCCUGAGACUGCUCACAACUUGGCAGUGAAGGCAGCCAAAUACAACUUGGUCCGUGAGGUGAAGCUCAAGGAAUCUAAGCUGCUGGAGACAAGAGUGUUAGGUCUACACUUCAAGACUCCCAUUGGCCUGGCUGCAGGAUUUGACAAGAAUGGGGAAGCUGUUGAGGGCCUGUUUAAAAUGGGUUUCAGUUUUGUGGAAGUAGGCUCUGUGACCCCACUGCCUCAGCCGGGCAACCCCAAGCCUCGGGUCUUUCGCCUCACAAAGGACCAGGGUGUCAUUAACAGGUAUGGUUUCAACAGUGACGGUCAUGAAGCAGUGUUUGAACAUUUGUCACACUUGCCUCCUCCAGGACAUCGGAAAGCAAUAUUAGGGGUAAAUCUUGGAAAGAAUAAGACUUCGGCAGAUCAUGUGCAAGAUUAUACACUCGGGGUGCAAAAGUUUGGUCCAAUUGCCGACUACCUUGUGAUCAAUGUUUCCAGUCCCAACACACCAGGACUGAGAAAUUUGCAGCGUAAAGAAGAAUUAGAGAAGUUGAUCAGUGCCGUAGUGACGACACGAGAUGCUCUACCAGGCACUCAUAAACCUCCAGUGCUGCUCAAGAUUGCACCAGAUAUUUCUGAAGAUGACAAAAAGAACAUAGCCAGUGUUGUCAUAAGAAAUGGGAAGCGGAUAGAUGGGAUGAUAGUGAGUAACACAACAGUAACCAGACCAGUGUGGCUUCAGAGCCAAGAGAGAGAGGAAGUGGGGGGCCUUAGUGGCCAGCCCCUCAGGUCACUCGCCACACAAACAGUUAAAGACAUGUAUCUUCUCACUAAAGGGUCAGUCCCCAUCAUUGGCGUCGGUGGUGUUGCAAGUGGCGACGAUGCCUACGAGAAGAUCUGUGCAGGAGCCAGCCUCAUUCAACUUUAUACUGGUCUCAUCUACCAUGGUCCAUCUCUGGUACAGAAAAUCACUAGUGACCUAGAAGAUCUUUUAAGACGUGAUGGCUUCAAGACUGUGACUGAGGCAGUUGGAGUCAACUGCAGAUAAUUAAACAAACAAAUUGUUUACGCCUGUUUACUUUUCAUCUGGAGAUGAAAACUUCCAUUUACAGAAUUGAACCAGGACCUUCCGGCUGUGACCCAACUGCACUGACUGCUGUGCCACACGACCCAAGCCUCUCAGUGCAGUAGUUCUGCUAUCCAUAUGCCCAAAGAGCUGCCACCAGAGCCAGUUUGGAAGAAUGUAAGAAGCUACUGUAUGGUCAAAAUUUUGUGGUAUCGGUGAUGCCACCUGCUGGUAGUUAGAAUGACCUAGUGGGUCAUUCUGUAGUUAGUAAGGGGAAGCUUGGCAGUGCUUGUGAUACCACAUAGCAAUUUUGAAAGUCAUUUCAGUUAUAUGAUUGCACGUGUUGGCUACAUUUUGAGGCAAAUUGAGUAUUCUCCAGUGAUAGUAUUCUCCUAGCACUAGUUUGACCAGAAUGGGACAGUUUGAAAACUUUUGUGCUAUGUUCAUAUAGAAUGUUGACCGGCUUUGACCAAAAAAUUUAUCCUACCCUGGGGUUCAGUAAGAUCUUUGCUUUGUGGAACAAUUAAUUGGGAUAGCACAAUGUUUUACAGGAAGCGUACACACUUGAACAAAUGCUUCAAGGCUCAUUUCAUGGUUGUAUCUGAAAAUUGUUAAUGGAAGAGAAGCUUUCUAGUUUUGCACAAACAAUCUGGUUAACUGCAGAUAAAUAUUGUAAAACAGAUUUGCAAAUUGCUAUUUGCUUAGCUCUUGAAGUUCUUGGUUCCAGCAUAUGAAAAUUCAUAGUUUCAUAGUUUUGAUUUUUAAAACCAAAAUGUUAUACAGUACAUAUAUUUAUGGUAUAUAUUUUAGCAUUGUUAUUUGACACAAUUUGUAAAAUUAUAUAAAUAAAUAUUAAAUAUAAUAGAAUUAC